AUGACAGCAGCUGCAUGUUGUGCGUCAAACCCGAUUAUCUAUCAAAUACAAGUAAUCUCAACACGAUCACCAUAUGCACCCAUUUUACCUCGAAGUACUUUAUCAUCAUCUUCUUCGAUUAUUUCAAUAUCAGAGACUCGGAGAUCAAUUAAAUUAAAUAAAACAAUCCAAAAUGAUGUAAAUAAUAACAAUAAUAAUCAUAAUCAUAAUCAUAAUCAUAAUCAUAAUCAAAUAAUAAAACCAACUACUCAAGAAAUAGUCGAUAUAACAAAUGAUGAUGAUGAUGAAAUUGUCGAUAAUAUUGAUGAGGAACAAUUUUUAGCAUGUGUUGGUCUUCGACGUAAAACUAAAAAACUAUCGAAAUGUAUUUCAACAUUACGACCAUUAGCAAAACGAUUAGCAGCUCCUAUUUGUUUACUUCCUUUACCUAAAUAUGGUCAACGUGUACGACAAGCUUUAUAUAUAUUAUUACCAUUCUUAAAAUUUUUAUCAAUUACCCAUGAUAUUGAACUAUUUUGUUCAAUAAAUGAUCAAGCCAAAGAUGAAUGUCUAUUAACACGUUCAGUAACACAGACACGUACAUUUAAAACAAUAAACAAAAAAACAAACAAACGAAAAGUACCGAAGUCAGGUAAUGUACGGGUUAACGAAACCUAUGUAUUAUAUUGUUUGGAUACUACAAAUCAAUGA